CCACACAAAAUUUAACUCUCUAUACUGCGUUGCAUUUCGUUUCUCUUUAUUCUUAGGUCUUCGUGUUUGCAUGAAUUUCACACUACAACACUUUUUAUGGAUUUCUCUCCCACUUCCCCUUCUUCUUUCGCAUUCUCUCUCUGUCACUUUUAUUUAACAAAACAAAUAAAUAAUUUAGGGUUUUAGCGUUUUGCUUAAGAAAUCUUAGAUUCUCUCUGGUUUGUUGGUUCGUUGCAACGUUUAAUUAUUGAUGUUCGUAUCAUUUGUUCACGGCUUCGUCGGUUGAUUUAGAUCACUUGCAUUGCGCAUCCUGCAUGUUUCAUUAGUCUCAUUUUUUUUGUUUUUUUUUUGCUCCGUGGGAAACGGAGGAAAGCUCUUUUGCUGCAUGAAUUUUGAUGUGGUCUCGUAAGAGUGUAUUUAUUGUUUUGAUUUCAUACUCAAAGGCUAUUCUGACUGGAGGAUUGGUGAUGGAAACUUCGAGCAACGUAAAGUUGAUGCUCAUUUUAGAUGUAUGGUACUGUUUCGCAUGGAUCAGGAACGUAACAUCAAGCCGCCAUCCUUCUGUCAAAUGGGCCCAGAGGUCUGAUGAGAUCUACAUAACUGUUGAGUUACCUGAUGCGCAGGAUGUGAAGGUUGUACUGGAGCCAGAAGGAAAGUUUUACUUCUCUGCUACUUGUGGUUCAGAAAAGAUUCCAUAUGAAGUUGACAUAGACCUGUUUGACAAGGUUGAUGUAAAUAAUAGCAAAGCUAGUGUUGGUUCCAGAAAUAUCUUCUAUGUCGUGCAAAAAACUGAAAGCAAAUGGUGGAGCAGAUUGUUAAAGCAGGAAGGAAAACCUCCAGUAUUUUUGAAAGUAGAUUGGAACAAAUGGGUUGAUGAAGAUGAUGAGGAGCAAGAAGAUGAUAAACCUGGAGCUGGAACUGGUAUGGACUUCAGCAAUUUUGAUUUUUCUAAGUUGGGCAUUGGUGGGGGUGAGGGUCUGGAUGAUGACAUGGCAGGCGAUCAUGAUGAUGAUGAGAGUGACUCAAAGGAGGUUACAGAACAAGCAUCAGCUGAUAAUGAACCUGACACAAAGGACACAGUGGUCACCGAUCCUAAUGCUGCAUCUGGUGCUAAAGCUUAAAAAGUUGGAAUCAUGAGCCUUUUCAUAGCUUUCAGUGUAGGACAAGUAUUUCGAAGUUUGCUUAGCUAGAAGCCUUCCGGGUUGUUCCGGUUUUAGGCUUCAUCCAGAGUUUGGACCUUUGCUUUUCUAACAAGAGAAGCCAGGCAUAUAGGAGUUGAUCGAAUUUUAGUAUCAUCAUUCAUGAGUGUUUUGUGUCUUUCUUUGGGUUAUGGCUACUCUUAAAUACAAGUUUUGUCAUUUUAAACAUAGAACAUAAAAUGAUAUUGCCGUUAAUGCCUCAA